AUGGGCUCAAAUAAAUUACAGAAUUACAAUCCAUGGAACGUACCCCAGAUGCCUGAGGGUAUAAAGUCCCUGUUUGAGGGCCAGGAAGUAUUUGUGGUGGUAGACGACACAAAAGUAAGAGUUCGGAAGGAAGAAAUAUCUACCGAAGGCAAUUGCAAAAGGGAGGGAAUCAUUAGAGACAUCCCCUUGAUUGAAAUACGUUCUCUACAUGUGAAAAACGAUGAGGGAUUCUUCUUGAAGUUAAGGUUGCUUGAGGAGACUAUCAUAUUCAAGUUUGAUAGCCACCAUUCUAGAGAUAUUAUCAAGUCAAUGAUCCUUUCGUUUAUGAAGACUGAUCAGGACGUGAUAAGGAAAAUCUUGGAGUCGGAUCCUGCUGUAAAGACAAUGUUUAACAAUCUAAAACAAUGUAUUUCCUCUUCCAAGUUCUGGACAAUCAACAAGGACAGGAUGAGACAGAUGAUGCCUAUAGUUCGGCAGCAGCCGUCAAGAGAAAUAGAGGUUGACGAAAAGACUUUUAUCUCUUCGCUAGACCCUGUGCUUCUAAAUAUAUUUGGACAAAUGAAUUGCUCCGUAAACCAAUUUUAUAAUCUUCUUAGGCAAUCAUACUUUUGUAACACCAAGAAUGAAAAGAACAGCCUUGACCGGAUGAUUAACUCGGCAGUAAGAGAUUAUGAGGUCCGGCAGGAUUUUGCUUCAAGAAUCAACACCCAUUCUGUUCUGGCUCUAAAACCUAUAGAAGAUGUGGAAAUUCGUCCAAGCACAAAAGAGGGAAGGAAGGUGGAGUUUCUCCCCAUAUAUCCAUUUGAGGAGGAGAAGCCAGAAAAGCCAAGGAGAGAGUUCCGGUUUGAUAGACACCCGCUAAAGUGUGAAUUGGAUCUUGAGAUUGUACCUAUGACAGAGAAGAAGAUGUUUGAAAAGAAAGAUCUUGUCUGGAUCAGAGACUUGUCGAAAGUUGUGUACAAAUCAAUGAAGGAGGAAGAUGGAGCAUUUCUGGACGAAGUAUCCGAAAUCACCAAAAGAUUUCUGGAUAAUAUGGAAAGGAAGUAUGGGAAAGGAUGUGAUGUUUACCUCAAAAGAAUUCUUCCAACUUAUUUUAUUGAGGGGAAGAACAAAUGA